GGGAGAGUAGCACUGAGACUGCGACGAGCGGCAGCGGGGAUCUCAGGAGAAAGACAGAAUUUGCCGGGGAAGAGGGCGGCCGCCGGAAGGAAAGCUGAAGGAAGAUGCCUCAGCCGUUACGCGGCCGUUGGUGAAGCCGCGCGUAUCCGGAGGGCAAGGCGGAGGCUUAGAUUUUACCCCGCCCCUCUCCCCCAUCCUGGAGAAUUGGAGCCAAGCGGCCUGUGCUGCAGCUGGCACCCUCUUGACUACCCCCGCUGCAGCUUGGGCAGGGAGCGACGCCGUGCACUUCCUCGGGCCUCAGUCUCGAUGGAGGGAGCAGCCCGCUGACGCUCCGCUAAGAAAGUUUCCUGUUUUCAUGGUAGGCCUCGCGCUCCCUCUUUUCUUUCUUCCCCUCGAUUCGAAGAAACUGCUUCUGGAUAGCUGGCACGGAGGAGGACGACCGCUACGCUGCUGGCUGCUAAGGCUGCUGCCUUGCUGGAGAAAAUGUGGCUGCAGAGACACGGGGCCCCAGACUGGAGACGAGAGAAGACUGACAGGGUUGUAACUGCAGCCUAGAGACACUCAAGCAAAGGGACAGCAGGGAAAACUACUGCCCCAGGAGGGAGUAGCCCCUGUGUUCCCAUUUUCGGCUUUAACUCUCUUUUGCGUGAGGAUGUGUGGCAGGGAGAGCAUGAGGGACAACCCCAGCACAUCCUCAGUACUUCUCUGAGAAGGAGAGCCAGCUCAGGGAGCACUCCCUCCACUUUUUUCAUUUUUUGCUUUUGCUUUGCUGUGGAUUAAGGCGACCAUCUCUUCAGCACCAUGUCGACAGGAGAAAGCUUUGAAUCUCGGUUUGAAAAAUUGGGAAUAAUGAUAAAGGACCCCAAAUCUGAAGUGAAUUCGGACUGUUUAUUGGAUGGAUUAGAUGCAUUGGUGUAUGAUUUGGAUUUUCCUGCUUUAAGAAAAAAUAAAAACAUAGACACCUUCUUAAAUAAAUAUAAAGACACAAUAAACAAAAUAAGAGAUCUCCGUAUGAAAGCUGAAGAUUAUGAAGUGGUGAAAGUGAUUGGCAGAGGAGCAUUUGGGGAAGUUCAAUUGGUAAGACACAAAUCAUCACGAAAGGUCUAUGCUAUGAAACUUUUGAGCAAGUUUGAAAUGAUAAAAAGAUCAGAUUCUGCAUUCUUUUGGGAAGAAAGAGACAUCAUGGCAUUUGCAAAUAGCCCUUGGGUUGUGCAGUUAUUUUAUGCUUUCCAAGAUGACCGUUAUCUUUAUAUGGUAAUGGAAUACAUGCCUGGUGGAGACCUUGUGAAUUUAAUGAGCAACUAUGAUGUUCCUGAGAAAUGGGCAAGAUUUUAUACAGCAGAAGUUGUUCUUGCAUUAGAUGCAAUUCACUCCAUGGGCUUUAUUCACAGAGAUGUCAAGCCAGAUAAUAUGCUGCUAGAUAAAUCUGGUCAUUUAAAACUAGCAGAUUUUGGUACCUGUAUGAAGAUGAAUAAGGAAGGUAUGGUACGAUGUGAUACAGCAGUUGGAACGCCAGACUAUAUAUCCCCAGAAGUCUUAAAAUCUCAAGGGGGUGAUGGUUACUAUGGACGUGAAUGUGACUGGUGGUCAGUUGGUGUCUUUUUGUAUGAAAUGCUUGUUGGAGAUACACCUUUUUAUGCAGAUUCUUUAGUUGGAACAUACAGUAAAAUUAUGAAUCAUAAAAAUUCUCUUAGCUUCCCAGAUGAUAAUGAUAUUUCUAAAGAUGCAAAGAAUCUUAUUUGUGGCUUCUUAACUGACAGGGAAGCUAGAUUAGGCCGAAAUGGUGUGGAAGAAAUCAAACGACAUCCAUUCUUCAAAAAUGACCAGUGGUCUUGGGAAAAUCUUAGAGAUACUGUAGCACCUGUUGUGCCUGAUUUAAGUAGUGAUAUUGACACUAGUAACUUUGAUGAUUUGGAGGAAGAUAAAGGAGAAGAGGAAACAUUCCCUAUACCAAAAGCAUUUGUUGGCAACCAGCUACCUUUUGUAGGCUUUACAUACUACAGUAACCAUCAGUAUUUAUCCAGCUGUACAGCAAAUUCUAAUGACAACAGGGCAAGCACCAAUGUAGAUAAAAGUUUGCUGGAAUCCUUGCAAAAAACUAUCUAUCAGCUUGAAGAACAGCUACAUAAUGAAAUGCAACUGAAAGAUGAAAUGGAACAAAAAUUCAGAACAUCCAACAUUAAACUAGACAAGAUAAUGAAGGAAUUAGAUGAAGAGGGCAAUCAAAGAAGAAACUUGGAAUCAACAGUUACUCAGGUUGAGAAGGAAAAUAUGCUUUUACAACACAAAAUAAAUGAAUAUCAAAGAAAAGUUGAACAGGAGAAUGAGAAACGUCGGAAUGUAGAAAAUGAAGUGUCAACAUUAAAAGAUCAGUUGGAAGACUUAAAAAAAAUUAGCCAACAUUCACAUAUUACAAAUGAAAAAAUAGCUCAGUUGCAAAAGCAACUUGAAGAAGCCAAUGAUUUACUGAGGACAGAGUCAGAUACUGCAGCACGUUUAAGAAAGAGUCAUACAGAAAUGGGCAAGUCAGUAAGUCAGUUUGAAUCCUUAAACAGGGAACUGCAAGAGCGAUGCAGAAUCCUAGAGAGUACAAAAAUACAAGUGGAAAAGGAUUAUUACCAACUGCAAGCAGCACUGGAAGUAGAACGAAGGGAUAGGAGUCAUGAAUCAGAAAUUAUUGGAGAGCUACAAGCUCGACUUACAUCAUUACAAGAAGAAAUCAAAAGUUUAAAGAACAAUCUUGAAAGAGUAGAAGAAGAAAGAAAACAGGCCCAGGACAUGCUUAAUCAUUCUGAAAAGGAAAAGAAUAAUUUAGAAAUUGAUCUAAACUACAAACUCAAAAUGUUACAACAGCAUUUAGAGCAAGAAAUAAAUGAACAUAACAUAAAUAAGGCUCGAUUAACUGACAAGCAUCAAUCAAUUGAAGAGGCCAAGUCAGCUGCAAUGUGUGAAAUUGAAAAAAAGGUAAAGGAAGAACGAGCUGCAAGAGAAAAGGCAGAAAAUCGAAUAGUUCAGAUUGAAAAGCAAUGUUCCAUGUUAGACUUUGACCUGAAGCAGUCUCAGCAGAAGCUGGAGCACCUUAAUGAACAGAAAGAGAGACUAGAAGAUGAGGUUAAGAAUCUGACUCUUCAGCUGGAGCAUGAGAUAAAUAGGAGAUUGGUGAUCCAAAAUGAACUGAAGAUGCAUGCUAUAGAAGCAGAUAGCUUAAAAGGGUCUGAGAAGCAGCUAAAACAGGAGAUCAAUACAUUGUUGGAAGCAAAGAGAUUAGCAGAGUUCGAAUUGGCUCAGUUGGCUAAGCAGUACAGAGGGAAUGAAGGCCAGAUGCGUGAACUGCAAGAUCAACUAGAAGCUGAACAGUAUUUUUCUACACUUUACAAAACUCAGGUUAAAGAACUUAAAGAAGAAAUUGAUGAAAAGAAUAAAGAAACUCAGAAAAAAAUACAAGAAUUACAAAAUGAAAAAGAAACUCUUGCUGCACAAUUAGAUCUUGCUGAAACAAAAGCUGAAUCUGAGCAGUUGGCCAGAGCACUCCUUGAAGAGCAGUACUUUGAACUAACUCAGGAGAGCAAGAAAGUGGCAUCACGAAAUAAACAAGAAAUUGCUGAUAAGGACAAUAUCAUAAGCCGGCUUGAAGAAACAAAUAAUACAUUAACUAAAGAUGUGGCAUUUCUGACAAAAGAAAAUGCUGAACUAAAUGAAAAGAUCAAGAAGCUGGAAGAAGACUAUAAAUUGAAGAAACAAGAGGAAAUUAACAGUAUUAAAAUGCAGUACGAAAAGAACCUGAACAAUGAAAGGACUCUUAAAACACAGGCUGUCAACAAAUUGGCUGAGAUUAUGAAUCGAAAAGAUUUUAAACUAGAUAGAAAAAAAGUAAAUAUGCAAGAUUACAAGAAAAAAGAAAAGGAAAACAGAAAGUUACAAUUGGAACUUAACCAAGAAAAGGAAAAAUUUAAUCAGAUGGUAAUAAAAUAUCAGAAGGAGCUUAAUGAAAUGCAAGCGCAAAUUGUGGAUGAGUCUACAUGUAAAAAUGAACUUCAGAUGCAGCUAGAUAGUAAGGAAAGUGAUAUAGAACAAUUGCGCAGUAAAAUUUUGGACCUACAACAAGGCAUGGACUCUACCAGUGUUGCCAGUCUUCAGGCAGAUGAAACUGAUGGAAAUAUUAUAGAAUCAAGAAUGGAGGGAUGGCUUUCAAUACCAAACAAAGGAAACAUAAAACGUCAUGGAUGGAAGAAGCAGUAUGUUGUGGUAAGCAGCAGAAAGAUUUUGUUCUAUAACGAUGAACAGGACAAAGAACAAUCUAAUCCAUCCAUGGUAUUAGAUAUAGAUAAAUUAUUCCAUGUUCGUCCAGUAACUCAAGGAGAUGUAUAUAGAGCAGAAACUGAAGAAAUUCCCAAAAUAUUCCAGAUUCUGUAUGCCAAUGAGGGUGAAUGCCGAAAAGAUUUGGAAGUAGAACCAGUGCAGCCAGCAGAGAAGACAAAUUUUUUGAAUCAUAAGGGUCAUGAAUUUAUCCCAACAUUAUACCACUUUCCAGCCAACUGUGAGGCUUGUGCAAAGCCUCUCUGGCAUGUAUUUAAGCCACCCCCUGCUGUGGAAUGCCGGCGAUGUCAUGUUAAGUGCCAUAAAGAUCAUUUGGAUAAAAAAGAAGAAUUAAUUGCGCCAUGUAAAGUGAGUUAUGAUGUAACUUCAGCAAGAGAUAUGUUGUUACUGGCAUCAUGUCAAGAAGAUCAAAAGAAAUGGGUUUCUCAUUUAGUAAAGAAGAUUCCUAAAACACCACCAUCCACUUUUGUCCGUGCUUCUCCAAGAACUCUUUCUUCAAGAUCCUCAGCAAAUCAGUCAUUCAGAAAAGUUAAGAAUCCUUCAGGAAAAGCUAGGUCAAAGGACUAUGGAUCUGUGGGGGACAUUACCCAUAAUGAAAAUUCAAGUUACUGUUAACAAUAUAUGCAGUGCUCAGUGGAAUCUGUGGCAUGGUGCAGUCUGAGAAAGCUGGGCUUCCUUCACCAUACAGAGCAAAGCAGACUGGUGUUCCUUCUAAUGCAAGUUUCACUGAGUUUGGGGCUAAGACUGCUAUUACUAUCUCCUCCUUGCUUUGGCAUAAAAAGCACGCUGAUGGCGUCUUAUUGCGGGUUUGCCUUAAGGUAGAUUAGAUUAAUUAUUACUGUGUAAUGCAAGUAAAAGCAAAUAAAGCUUAGCUAGGUAUAAGGUUAAAGUGCUGGAUUUUGGAUUUCAAAAAAAAUUAAAAACCCUGUCGAUCUUGGUGGAAUGUGGUGAGCUAUUCUCAUAUUGAUGAGAAUAAGAGGACUAUUUACCCUGCGGGAGGGGGUAUUUAUAGUUGGAUGAGCACACAGUGUCGAGAAUAGAAAGAAAGUAUCUCAAACUGAGAAGAACUGAAUUUUCUUUUAAGGCUCGAAGUUGUGCUGAAGAAAACAAGAAUUGCUUGAAAACUUAGCAAUAUAUUAAUCACUUGAACUUCAGUGCCUUUUCUGCAUUGUUAUUAAUGCUAAUAAUUCAUCAUGAAACAGCUGAAAGUGUUAAAUAUUUUGCUUUACAACAUGCUAACUUUGCAGAUUUAUAAAGGGGGAGUAAAUGAGUAAUUACAUGUAAUCUAUGCAUUGUUGCUAAGCCAUACAUAAUUGUACUUCUAGAGGCAUUAGAACUAACAGUUAAACCAAGUUUGGAAACAUAUUUUGAUACAUAAUUUUCUAUAUUUUUUGUAACAUACUGCAUUAAAAAUCUGAAGUGCAAAUUACAGUAAGCAUACACACACAAGCUCACAUACAGUAUGCACUGUUUGCAAUGUAAAUUAUUCUAAGAACACUUUUAAUGGGUGUUGCCCUUUUAGUGCCUUAUUCUGAGAUUUGUUUUACUGCCAUGUCAAAUAAGUGUAGAAAUCUCAAAUGCCUAUUAUUGUGUCCGUGGUUUUAUUGUAGGAAAAAGUUUCAUUUUCAAGUGUACAAUUUUGAAUGGAACAGCCUGUUACCAAGAUAUAUUUUAAUCAUAAUACAAAAAGUAAUAAAUACUUUUACUAUGAAAACAAAUAAAAACCUACAACACUUUAAAAUUCCAUAUAAUACAGGAAUUGAAUACAUUUAAAUUCUUGCUUUAUAGCAGGAAUAUUAUUGUGGUAUGAACAGUACGGUUUAUUUUAUUUUUUAACCAAAUACCUCUUCAGUAAUUUAUAAUGGCUUUGCAGUUGUGUAUUAAAUAAGAAGCACUGGAAAAGUAAUUCGUCUUCUGGAUGAUUUGUAUGUUUCAAGUGGUGUUGAAACCUGCACUAAUGGAUAUGUAUUAAACAUAUCUGUUAUUAAUAUGAUAAUGACUCGUGCUCAUUUAAUACAAAAUAAAACUAACUUAUGGAAUAACUAUUUUGAAAAUGACUGUGGUAUUUUUCUCCAGAAUACACUUCCUAGGAAGUUUUGGAAAUUAUUAAGCUUUACAAACAGAUGAACAACUGUUAACAUAUUUAAAUCUGAUACAAACUUGAUACAUUUUUAAAUUACAUUUUUAUAAUGCCAUAUUACAUUUUAAUACAGGGUAAAGUAGCAAAAUUCUCAUAGGAUUUUGAAGAAUCUGUUUUGAUAUGUGAAUUGUUAAAUCCCAUUUACUAAGCACAUAAUUAUUUUCAUCAAAAGGAAAUUAUAGCAGGUACACAGCUCUUAAAAGAUGAUCUUUACAUGUAUUUUAAUUUAUACUUAAAUCAUGUUUAAUAGAAGAAAAUAUGUCAAGCUUAUUCAGCAUGCUGGAAAUCAGUCAUAUGGCUCCAUCACUAUACAAAAGUAACAUGGACUCAUGAAGAUUAGAAAGGAUGGCAAGAAAAGACUGAGAAUGGGUGGUAUAAAAUAAUUAAAAAGGAGUUAAACUGGGGACGGGAGAGCAGAAGGAAAACCAGAAGGAAGGCUGGAAUUAUUUGGUAAUGAUUUGGUGAUGAGAAAGGGAGGGGAAGUGAUUUGAGUUAGGAAGAAGGAAAGACUGUUGUUGGAAUGGGGAGCAUGGCAUAAGGAACAAAAAGCAGCAAGUGGGAGGAAGAGACAAAAAGAGGAAAAUGGUAGGUGAACUUGUGAUAGCUGCUGAAUGAGAAAUGAUAUAAAGGGGAACAAGCAAGACAAUGUGUGGCAGAGAGAUGACAAACUUUAAGGACAUGAAACUGAUUCAGGGCAUUUCAAGGAGUAAACAUGGGGAAUUAAAAAGGGCCUGAUAUGGCCAUAGUGCAGAAAUGACCUUAAGGAAAGGAAACAAGGAAGGUCAGCAAGCAUAUACUUUAACUAUUUUAGCAUUUGCUUCCCUUGAUACAAAAGGUAAUGUUUUUAAUUGUAUUUUAUUAAAAUUGUGCAAUGAAUUGUACACUGUUUGCAUGAAGAUUAAUAAAAAGUAAAUGCUUAUUUACAAAUGGUAUAAGCAUUACCUGUACAUGUGCAAUUUACAACCUUCUUACUAGAAAUUCAAAAUUUUGCUAAUGGGGAUGAGGGGCACCUAGAAUGAGAAUGGAAACAAACUCCAUAUGGUAGAUGAAUAGCACCAGAAUUGACACAUUUGGUAAUUUAGGAAGAGAAAUGUUGAUGCAGAACAGUACUGGCCCUUUCAUGAAAUACUGUCAUGUGGCUUUCAGAGUUUUCUGCUGCUGCAUUCUGGAGAACUAUGCCUAAAUCCUAAAUUUCAGGUGCCCAAUAUGUUUCUUCUCCAGGGACUAUUAUGUAAUAUUCAAAAAUAUUCCUGUGGUGGGCAAGCAAAUUCACUGGUAAAAUGUGAUUCUGCCUAGUUUUGGAUUUUGUGUCAGGCCUCCUCCAUGCAAUGUCAGUAUGUUGUUGUUUUUUUAAUGCAUCGUAUCAAGACGUUCUGUAUUCCAAAUAGUGCUUGUUUUCACUUUGUGGAUUUGUUCUCUGGUGUUCCUCAACCCAUAUGUAUAUAUCUACCACUUCAUGAAUCGUGGAGUAGCUGUUGCCUGUAAAACAUUAUGCUGCAAUAAAGAACUGAGUCCUUAAA